AUGGAUGUUACCAAAGGAGAGGACCGCUCUCCUGAGCAGGCUGCCUCUUUAUUUGGGGCCUCUGAGGUGGAGAGUCAGAGGAAGACCACUGAUCGGGGAAAGAAGAAGAAGAAAAACUGGAAAAUCAUUUCUGGGGUAUGUUCUCUGUUAAAAGUUCUUCACUUAUCUCUGCCUGACUGAGCUUUUGGAGGACACAUGGAUCUGUUUAUUUCCAGCUGUUGGCAAUAAAGUAAAUUAAUGAAUUGAAAGUGCUUUAACAGCGACACAAAAGCACUUUUCAAUCAACUUUUGGUUUCUGAGAGUCUGAGAAAAUUGUGUUAAAGUGUUAAAGUUCUUUUCUUUUGGUCCUCAGAAGCUUUAAAACAGUCAGACUAGUGUCUUCUUUUUUUCUGGUAUCCUUAAAACUGACAGAGCGCUACUGUAACACCUGAAAAAUGUGUCAGUGAACUUGAGUGUGCCCAUGAUCUCAGGUCAGACUUUAAAGUGAGCAGUGAAUCUUUAAAGUCUUUUUCAUUAUUCAAGUGAAAACUGUGCAGUCUUCUGUGAUAGGGGGAGAUUUGCUGCCUCUCCUUUUCAGAUGUAGUCAUUGACUGGAUGUCUGAUGGAUUAUAAUAAGUCAAGAAGACACUUUUGUUAUUUGUGAGCCUUUUUAGUGCCUGCUUAACUAUUCUUGACACUUUUUUGACAAGCAAUAACUAAUAAUAAUAAUCUGAAGAUGACUGAUAGAUUACUGUAGUUAGUUGCUAUCUGGUUGACAAAAUCUCACUCAUUUAAAAAGCAAAAUCAUCAGUUUUUAUAAGGUUUUAUAUUUCUGCACAGUUUACAGCAUAAUUAAUCCACAGCUGUCAGGCAGCAAGGAUGCUCGCUGCUGCCAGAGUGAGAGUGGAAACAAAAUGUUUACACCCCAGUGCAAAAAGACAGAGGCCAGGAGUGUCUCUGCAGGUGGAAAAGAUGAUCUUUAAGUACAGUGUGAAGCUGACCGGGCUUCUCAGACCACACUGCUGAUCAUAAUCCAAAAUAGGAGCGUUACAGCUGAGAGUCUGGUGCAACCGCAAAGUGUUUUCUUACAGCAACUGUGUUUUGCAACAGAUCAUUUUUUCAUUUAUUUAUUCUCAAUGGUCCUUGGGUUGAGAAGGGACAGACACAGCCACAGGGGGAGCAGCUUAGUUUUAACAGUGAAAACAAACACAUAUGGUGAGAGCAAUACUGUCCUCCAAUAGCUGGACUUGUGUGGUCAACAAUCCAAAUGUCACAUAAAUCAAAUUUGUCUGUUUUAAGAGCGACAAAUUUUAGCCCUAAAGAGCUGUCAGACGGUCGAUAUUUCUCAUUUUUUCUGUAAACCACAAAUAACUUCUGAUAUUUUUUACUGCUUAAACUUCAGCUCUAUGUCUCGACAUCUUUGCAUACAGAAAAUGCUUCCUACUGAAUGUAAACAUGGCAGUUCGAAGUCAUUUUAUGAAUCUUGCCUACGGCAAAGUGUGUGUGAUGAUAAUUAGAGUUUAAUCAAAAGCAUGUGGAGUUGCAUUGCAUUAAGGAAUAUUUCCUGUUUAUAUUACAGCUGCUAACCUGGGACGUCAAUGAUAGACACUUCAAAUCUGAUAGAAGUGGUUUUUAUGAGACAUGUAACUGUACAUCUGUCUUUACUUUACUGCCUCUUUGUGUCUUAUGACUUCAGUAAGAUUAAGCCUGGACACUGGAGUGGCUGUGUUGUUUGUUUUUUAUUCUAAUUUUGGUCUAGACAUUAAGAAAGCAUUUGCAGUUUACUUAAAGUACAGAUAGAAAAAACAUCCAAAUACUAAGAAACUAAAACUGGGAUCUAUUUUGGGCUUUACAGUACAACCAAAACCACAGCUAAAAGAGCAGCAACAAAAAAUGCUACUUGAUCGCGCUGUUGCAUAGCUUUGGUUGAAAUUUCACCUCGAAGAUAUAGUAGUUUUAAUGCGCUAUCAUAAAACCAAAAUACACAUUCCAGGUAAAAAGGUGUGUAUAGCUGCAAUGUGUAACCACAAAUCUUCCCAAACAAAAACAAAUAAACUGUAGAGGUAGGAAAGCAUCUGCUAGGAAAGUAGUAAACACACCUUUCACACUAUUUACUAGCAAACUGCUGCUAAAACCACAUGAACUUGUGUUUACCGCUGCUGUCCACUUGGCACUGAUGAGAUACACAUGUGGCACUUAGUCUAGACAACAAUGAUAUACUCCCUCCUAUCAGACAUCUGCACUUGUACAUCUGUUAGUGAUUGUGAUAGCAGUAUUUUUUACACUGCAUUUAAUUUACAGUGUUUUGGAACUGACGGACAGAACAGCUCAAUUUUUUCUUAGAUCUUUAUUUUGAGACUGGCGCUUCAAGCAAAGACCUUUUAGUUGUUUUUUUUUUAUGAGUAUUUUUCUGUGCUGUCCCGUUCUGUCCAAUCAGAUCUUCACUUUGUAACCAGCAGAGAAAAAUGAAGGUAGUCGUGUGUUUCAGAGUCAGACAGGUAGGUUUUCCACCAGACAGACAGUUUACUUUUACAACCCACAAAAACCGCGUCUUUCCCAGGAAUCUGUCCAACCCAAGUCUCUCUCUCUGUCUCUCCCUUCACCUAUAGCAGGCAAAAGUGCAGCUAAGUGCACAUGCCCAGACGCUGCACACACUUAUCAAGCAUAUUUUCACAGCCAUCUGGGAAUUCUUGUUCAAGUGGAUCAGGCUAAAUGGAUAAAUUGUGGGAAACUGUUCCUUAAUCUCUCCCUCUUUAGACUUUAACUGCACAAAUAUGGCGAGUAGAGUGAAUGAAUGAAAGGCCAUGGAUGACUUAAUCACAAACCCUCUAAUCUAGUGCUGAGUCAAAGGGCUGUGGCCGCGUAAAACUGAUGAAAGUUGGUAUGAGCGGCAUUAUUUCCUCCCUGUAUGUCUCAGCACAGUUUAAACAUCUUUGCGCAAGCAGGCUGUUGUUGGAUUUAUGUGUAUUACUUGUGCUUCCUUUUUGUGACGUAGGUAAAGACGUAGGCAUGAAUAGAAAUACAACAUUAACUGUGACUCAAUCAUGGACAUGCAAAAGCAGCAGAGGUUCAUUUUACUUCAUUUCAAAGUGUCACAAGCCAAAAUCCCUGAAAACCAGUAUGCUAGACAGGUGAUCAGAGAGGAAGGGAACUUAAUCACAACCACCUUUCAAAUCCCACUUGACCAUCAAGGUAGCGUCUCCAACCUAGCUCAGGUGCUACAGUGAUAAUAAUAAUCAUACUUCUUUGAGACAACCCUCUAAUUACAGACUCUUAGCCCAGGCAAACAGCCUCAGAUAGAUAUGAGCUGAGCAGUUUGAUAAGGAGACAGCUUGGCUUCCCUCUUUUGACUUUUCAUUUACAGAAGGCCAAGAUAAACAUUUAGACACAUGGAGCUGGAGUAUAAGAGGAGGUGGAGGUUUCAGAGGGCAGGGCUAAAUAAAUAAAUAACAGGCAACCUUCACUCAGCAGUGAAAGACAUUUAUCUGUGUUAAAAGAGAGGCCAAAGCCUCUCCCAAGGGCGUACAGUCUAGUCUGCUUUAAGGCUGGCUGAAAACCAGAUACUGAAUGGCUGUGAUCUUUUGGCUCUCAGGUAGUGAUGCAUUCAAACUAGACGUGACAAAAUCUCUGUAAGGCCUUAAAAACUGAUCAUGAACACAGGUAGUCACCAGUGCAGAUUGUACCUUGCAUAGAAGACAUCAUAUAUGAACAUAAUCCAGAAACAGCAGCAACUUCUCUGGGCCUUAAGGACCUCAGACGGCUUUAAUAGAUCUGGAGAUAAUUAGCAAUCAUAUGUUCAAACAUGUCAUCCAUGAGUAAAAACUGAGGACCAAGAAAGUCAUCCUCUGGCCAGCAUGAGCGUGUCGACCAAAGUUCAUACCAAUCUAUUCAAUAGCUGGAAAAAUGUGAGCAAUGUGUCCUGGAGGAAAAGUCAGAGGUCCAUCAAUGUCUGUAAGAUUCAUCUUCUGGGGACUAUGAAUAAUUUGAUGCCAGUUGAAUCACCAGUGGUUUUGAUAUUUCCAUCAGGAUGGCUGCAGUGGGUCGAACAGACAACAUUGCCAUCUUUAGAAGCUGGCAUGGAUUUAAAAGAUCUCAAACUGAGUGUUGGUGUUUAUGAUUCUGCAGAUUUAUGACUCCUCGACGAUCCAACAGUCUGUUAGAGUUUGUUUGUCUUAUGGUUACAAGGCGUGUAGCAGACAGAAGUGCAUGUCUGUAGUUACAGUAGAACAAGACUGUAAAAUGAUGUUAAAAUUGAAUCAUUUUUGUGGUUAGUCACUUCAGUCUGUGUACUUUCACCCCUCAUUUCUUCCACCUUCUUUUACCAAGAGCUCAGUGAUGGGUAUCCUCAGCCACAUUUCUUAAGAGCUGCACACAGUCCUUCUGAUUCUUCAUUCAAAACACUGAUUUUUUUUUACUCUGGAUUUCAGGUCCUUCUACUGUGCCUCCUGGUUAUUAUCCUGGCUGUGGUGUUUUCUCGGAGGAAGAGCAGUGAUGUCAAAGGUAGGCACAGAUCACAGUUUCUCUGUUAUACCGUGUUAUUUUACUGUUUCCACACCAUCUUCUUACCCGUCAUCACUGUGGUCAGGAGCAACAGGAAGGUGGUUUUUCAGGCAGUAGUUUAAAGUACACCUGUGAGCUGUGGUUUCUGACCACCAGUGUAACAACAGUGUCCAGUGUUUUGAUGAGAGGUUGUUUGUAUCUGAUGUAAUCUCAGUCACUUGACAAGGAAGGUUUCAGUGAGCAAGCAAAAGGAGCAGGCUGCAAACACGGGAAAAGAUAUGAACUUUAUGAAUCCCCAAAAGGAAAUUUAAUAUCCAAGUAAAAUCAAUCCAAGGGAAAAUCUAUUAAAACGGUUAAAAAAUAUUCUACUCAAUAACAAGUACCUUAACUUUAAGACUUUUUACUUUGACACAAAACUACCUGUCUGUGAUUCUGCUCGAGUAAAACUGGGUUUAUUAUUUGAGUUACUUAACCCCCAAUUUCCACCGCAUCCGGAUAGGCUCUGAUCCGGAACAGCAGCGAUUUUCGCUGUCCGCCAAUUCUUACCAGAUCCAUUGGUGAGGGGGAUGUCAUGGUGGGUUACGGACAGCAGUAAUAAUGGUGACGCUUUGAACUCUCAAGAACCCACAGAUUCAUGUUCAAUUGUACGACAACGAGUUGUCUCGAUAAAGACAGACACAUAGACAUAUGAGCAGUAGAUUGUGUCCUUCCAGAGAAGGAAAUCUAUGGAAAUCUCCUCAUCCAUGGUGUCAUCGGGGUGAAAUGACGUCUAAAAACCUUUCACUUGUUCGUCUCCGCCCGUUUGCAUGGUGUGAAAUACGAUCCUCCUGAGACACGGAGUGUUUUAUUUUGAAAAGAAGCCGGAUGUUUUUAUUUUGUGUUCAGGAAAAAAAGAACUCUUGUGAUCAGCUGUGGAGUCCAGCCACAGGGAAACUUGGGUUAGACUCAUCAGCAUCAAAGAUAUAUACUCCACAGAUUUGAUCACCCCACACACGGUGCCACUCUUCCACUUGCUCCUUUUUCAUCUCACCCUCAUUGCUGAAGUUCACAGAGUUUCUGCACAACAAGGUUAUUGUUGGGGAUGGAGGAGUGCUCUCUGAACUGGCGUCUUACAAAAGAGUAUAAGAAACAUUUGAUGAUAUGAUUAGUUCAGAUAGGAAUGUGACUUCAGCUGGGUUUGUGGCCACGGCAUUUUACAAACAGGAGAUUGCAGCACAUUGACGACAAUGCAUUCCCUCAAUUUCAUGCCACACUCAUCAUGUUGGAUGUGGUUCACCCCUCCAAUGACACGUCUAUACCACAUGUGUUUCACCCAGUUAUUGUCUGUCUUACUGGAGGCGAGCCAAACUUUCAUCUGCUCUCUGGGGCAUGAUCCGCAUCUUAAAACUUUGGACUCCAAAAUUCUCACGGAGGUUUGAUCCCUAAAGAUUUAUGCUGUAAUCAGGCACUGAAAAGCCAAGUUGGAACCGGUUUAUCUACAUUUUGUAUUUUUGAGCAAGCACACCAUGAUUGUUGUGGCUUUUUUUUGUGAGCCAUGGUUGUUGAUCUUUAUUGGAAACAGUGAAUGUAAACAGGCAGAAAUAAACUUUCUCAGAGCACAUAAAGAAAUAUUUGAAUAGGACCCCACUGUAAAUACACACCACAGAAAGCAGAGAAACACCAGAGGCUGCCACAAACCGUUUCUUUGGGCUUCUAGUCCAUUUGCUGCAGAUCCACACAAACUUUGGAUACCUCUGAAACUCUCAUCCAGCAGUUUUUGGAGCAGCGGUGACUGAGGGAGGGUCAGGUUACUCUCCUGUGAAAGAGAAACACAAAGGUGAAUAUAAACUCCUCAGAGUUCACAGGAUACAUUUCUGUCAGGAUGGUGUGAUCAAGCACCUUUCUUUAAGCCCACAGUUGUGAAACACGUCGUAAACACACAUUUAAGCGAGACAGGAAUGUUCACGGGGGCCGGCGUGUUUUCUUCAGCUAUAGAUUCCCUCUGGUUAGCCGUGGGCAGCUGCGUCAGUGUGCUCUUUGUUGCAAACCACUGUGCCAAAACAGCCCUCUUCCAUUUCAGGGGCAGCGGUGGUGACUGUGGGCAAAUGUCCCCGUCCUGGGCGGGGUGCUCUCUCUGCUGUGGCAUUUCCCUUUAACUUACACUUCCUAACCAGCUAACAUGAAACCCAUAUGGAAAGAAUAUAUUUUGACUUUUCAGAUCUGUGCAGUGUUUUUUGGAUCGUCUACAUCUUUCAUCUCUAACACGGCUGAUUCGGUCAGGCCUUUGGAAAUAGAUUAAAAGAAAUAAAAAUAACCCAGGACUCUAUUUCUUCCUCGUGGUAUAAAGUGCAGCUGAGAGUGGGUUUUCCCUUGGAUUACAGACCACAGCAGCUUGUCUCUUGAGAUGGAGCAUCCUCAUGUUUGGUCCAAACCACACUGCUGGCCUGGAGAAGCAGUGAAGGGGGGCUUUCGCACUGACGUACUAAGACUCCUUCUGUCAUGUGUCCAGUCAGCAGCAGACUUGCCAGAUGUUUACAGAGAAUCUGAGUGUGUAGUUUUUCUCUUUUCAUUCUCAUUGUCUAUUAUUUAGUAUUUUCAGUAAGACUAAUUAACUGAAGCGCCUCACUUGGACAAAUUCUACUGACACAGAUAUGAGGUGGACACUCGCUAACUGAUCGCUCCUUUUCAGGAAAAGUGUUUUUUUUUUCUCUCUGUUUGGUUUUCAUGAGAACACACAUCCUGUCCAGCACAAGAUCUGGCAUAGAAAUGUGAUAGUUGUGUAUAUUUUUCUUUGAUCCUGAAGUCUGUGUGUGUAUGUGUCUGUGUGUGUCUGUGUGCUCACGCUUGCACAACAUAUUCAUGUAUUUCACAGAUCUUUACUCUGUACAAAGCUUCACCGGCACGGACACACAGGAAACCUUGUGUCUGUCUGCGAUUAAUCAUUUUGAGAAUUUGUGGAUGACAAAGUGGAAUCUCUGCAGUUUCUCUUCCUGCUGUACUUCAGUAAAAAUUACUCAAGAACAAUCCUUUUGUAACGGUUUCUUUGUCAUCCUGGGUAAUUGUUCACCCAAGGUUCAACAGAGUUUCUUUGACUUUUUUACUUGAUUCUUCUUAGGGGAAAAAAAAGAGGAGGUUUUGUCAUGUGAGUGUUGAAUCAAGGUCUGAUGAAGGUUUGUGGGCUGAAGUUGUGGAGGCACAUGUGCUGAGUUUGCGAGUAUCUACCUUAAACAAAAUGAUUAAUCUGGGAGUUUUUUCCAUCAACAGUAAAAUGUUUUGACUAUGGCUCUUCAUGUGGGGAGUUCCAUGUCAUGUACAUUUUCUACAUUUAAUACAAGACUACAUUUUCCAAGAGCACCAGCUGUUGUAAAGAUGUUGGGAUGUCUCUUCCCAAAGCGUGUAAAUGAGUGGAAUACAGAUCCUCUUUUAAUUCUACCUUUUCGUAUUCGAGACAUUUCUUUUCAGGAUGCAAAGUUAUGAGGUCAUGCACUGAUCUGUAGCUACACUAAGUUACCGACUGUGAAGUAACGAUGAUUGCUGUUAGAUAGCCGACAUAAAGUGACCUUACAUACCUGUUUAAUGUUAACUAUCACAGCCUGAUGUCAUGAUCUAUGUCCCAGUUAAUGUCUGAAUAUGGUAAAUAUGGACACGGUCUAGUUCUUUUGUCUUUAGAGAGCAGUGACGCAUUCAGUUGUUGGUAUAUGCAACAUCCUGGUUUCUGAGAUUCUCCGUCUAAAACACGAUGUCAGCAGAAAAUGUAUGUAUCUGCUUAUCCUGCUGUAAUCUAGUGCUAACAAAAGAAAAUUGUCUAAACUAAAAAAGCUGCUCCUGCUUUCAAACUUACCUCUCACUGCCGGAUUUUACAGGAGGACUAGAGACACUUGAGGCGAUUUCAUCCUGCUGUUCCAAGAGAACACAUAUUGCCUGAAAAAAAAGCCUUUUCAGCUCAAAAAAACUUUGCGUGUGUUUGCUUCGAUUUGAAGUUUGGUUCAGCUAAACUCUUUCUUCCCCUCUAGCUGUGACAAACUAAGCAACACUCACAGUUCAGAUACACGUGUUGACACCUCGCACUGCAGUAGCAGCUGCGUGCCAAGUAUAAAAAGCAGAACACUGACUGACCGUAGUCCCAGCUUGACCCUCGCGCACACAGCUGCAGGCAGCUUUAGUCCGCUUGAUCAGGUCUGCUUUGUGAGCUUUUCAUUAAGCUGCAUGUUAAAAUCCUGUGCACCUUUGAAACAAUAAACAUAUCUUUUUACAUCUGUGAAUAAGCCAGCUAAAUAUAUCAAUGUAAUAUUGCUCAGUCAAGCAAUGACAACCAGAUUCACAACACAUAAACACAUAUUUGAAUAUGCAUAAGCUUUAACUAAAACCUUCCAUGAGUUUAUGCAUUUUAAUCAGUUUCUUUGUCUUUGUCGAAAGGUCUUCCUUCCUCAUUUGUCCCAUUUUUUUCCCCCACCUCACUCAUGAAGCACAUGAAACUCUUAAUCUUCACCAAAUCAAUGCUGAGUACAGUAAAAUGUGUCUUAGGCUUUAUUGUUAAACUGGUGUGAUGUAUGAUCUAUAUAUCCUGGAUUUAAUCGGACAGCUGAAAUGCUCCCAUGCUGAGAGUUGUUAAUAUUCAUUAAGUCUUCCACAGUGAGUUUAUUUUGUCUGUUAAAACCUAAUUUAUGAUAAUUCUUCUUCCUCUCUGUUUCCAGAAGGAGAGCUGUGGCUGCUGCAGAGCGAUGAAGAAGUUCAGCAGACACAAUGUCCACCUGGGUAAUUCACUUCUUCUUUUCUGCUAAUUGUGAGGAUGAUGUUGUUUGGCACUAUAUUUUCAGCAUGUUCCAGGAGAAUGACCCUUUUCAGCUGUUUCACCCACAUGUAUCCUGAGUGGAGACCAUUGUAACCAGUUUGCAGCUGUGACCAUAGAGGAACAGGGAAGCAUUUCUGUGCAGCUGCACUUCUGUCCGUUCACCUCAACUUUCUGUCAAAGUGUAAAAAAUAAUCCAAUCACAUGACUCUGGGUGGGGUUUUCUUUGUGACGCUGUUGUAUAAGUGGAAAAGCUAACAGUUACCAAGACAACCUCAGUCAUGACUGUGAGUAAUCAGGCAUGUGUAAGUGAGUUGUGUCUGCAUGUGCAUGGGUGUUGUGGUCACAUGUGUGUUUUUCUGCUUUGGUAAGGGGAGUAACCUCAGACAGACGCAUUAAACUCUGGAAAAGAAAACCCCUGGCUCCAGAUGAAGCUAUAUUUGGUUAUAAAAUAUCUUUGACAAAAGGAAAUGUUCUUUUAAUCAGAGUCAGUCAGUCUCUUGAGUCUGUUUACUGGCAAACCACGCUUUAAAUUUAAUGGGGGAGGGGUCUGGUCUUACAGACAGAGGAGAAGCUCCACUGGGAAAAAUAUAUAUAAACAUUUUAUGUAAUUUUAUUGACAUAAUUUGCAAAGAACAGUGCAUCAAACAAAAAUACUUUAAUGUUACUCACAGCUUGUGGCUCUGAGUCUUCAUGGAAGGUCUUUUUAGACGGGAUGACCCUUUUUUAGACUCAAAAAUGAUUGAGAUGCAAAUCCAGCUCAAACUGGCUGUUGUUAACCGAGGUGUCAUCUGUAAGGACUGAGCAUAAACAGCUACGAUGCAGCUGUUGUUGUUCCAAAAACAUGAAAAUUUCCUGCUGUUUUCUGGUGCCUUUGUCUUCAAGAAGAAAAAUAAUAAUAAAUAUAAUAACAAAUUUUAUUUAUAAUGCGCUUUUACGGGUGCUCAAAUAUGCCUUACAAAGAAAAAAAUAAAAUUAAAAACACAAUUAAAAUACAGAAAAUUUUGAGAAAUAAAACUUAGAAUGUAAAAGGUUAAAGAAGACACAAUGUGAAAAGACAAUAAAAGAACAGUUCAGUUCAAAAAAUAAAACUAAAACCAAAAGAAGCAGUAAAAUAGUCGUUAAAUUUUCUGGGUGGGCAUGCAGACCAUCUUACAGAACUGCCAGUUAGUUUGUCAGUAUCGUCGUAACAAGAUGGUACAGCCUGGUGUCAGAUUCUGGUCACAUCUUGAAAGGAUUCAAUAGGAGGUUUUCAGUCACGUGAUCCUGACUUCGCUACUGGCCUCACAUCGUCCACGGGAUUCGGCGCUGGGCUCUUCCCUCUUCGCUCACCACUACUGAGGGAAUCCUGGUUACUUUCUUUUCCUCCGCUUAGUAAUGUGCUUAAAUUCAGCGGGUCGUCUCGUCUGAUCUGAGGUCGUAGUCGGAGGAUGGGGGUCGGGGAGCGGGGAUAGGGGGCCGAAAGGACCCCCUUUUUCCCCGUCUCCUCCUCUGGAGCUCUGGGGCGUUAGUAAUGAUGUUAGUAAUGAUGUAGUGAAGUGACGUCUCCACCUGUUACCACUGAGAAAGUUUAGUGAUUUAAAAAAAGUCUAAUAGUUUUAAAAGUCCUUUAACACACACUUCAACACCGACCCAGGCUGAGACUUCAGGUUAAUAUGAACGUAGGUUUGAGUUUACAAAGGAGCUAAUAACAGGUGACCAGACCAUUACCUGUAACUCCCACGGGCAGUGAGUAGCUGUAGCGCACGGAGUGAAAUGGGAGGGAGCCAGGUCUCACAGCAGGGAACAAAGAAAUCUGCUGAGGUUAACAGAACUCUCAUAGUCUUUGAUUUACAGCCAAGAGAGAGAGGGUCCCAUUUCACCUCCUGCUCUCCUCAGCCGUGUUUGUGUGGCCUGAAAUUCAGUUGUAUUUCUCCCCUCGACUGCUUACUUAAAGCGCUGCUUUGUCUUACCUCUACACGGACUCACUGUUCAACACUACCGCUGCACUCCUGGUGCCAAACAUAUCAAUGUUUCCCGCUGAGUGAUUGUUCCUUUUUCCUUUCAUAAACCCACCUCAUUUUGUUUUUGUUUGUCCCCCCACCCAGUUUCUCCAGAGCUCCUCUCAUCCUGGUGUCCCUGGACGGUUUCAGGGCGGAGUACCUCAAAGAUCACAGCAGCCACCUUCCUGUCAUCAACAAACUACGUAAGACACAUUCACACAAUAUGGUUUCCCGUUUACUAUGCAUCGUGACUGAACUGUGCGUAUUUUACAGGACGUACUGGGACGACCACACCACACAUGCGGCCUGUUUAUCCCACAAAGACCUUUCCCAACCACUACACUAUUGUCACCGUAAGUCUGCUCCAGUUGUUUUUCUGACUUGUUUUGACAGGAGUUGAAGAAAAUAGAAAAAGUAAAAAGUACUCCAUUACAAGUGGAAGACAUUUGAAAUCCUACUAAAAUAAGUAAUAUUAAAUAAGUUGUAAGAAUGAAACUCUCUGCAGAAUAAAAAUGGGAAAUUAUGAUUCAUCCCGCACAGAUAAGGUCUCAGUUUAUUCUCAUUUUCUCUUCCAUUAUUCUGUUACUUACGCCACAUGUUGCACUGCUGCUGCUGGCAUCUGCUUUAAAAUGACUGAAGGCAAAAUUCAUGACUCAUGCCUUUUUUGUAGCUAAGCCAGAAUUGAGAAAUCCUCCUUCUCAUUAUCUGAGUCCACAUGAAGUCUUUGUUUUAAUCUUGGUCCAAAUCUGAGCGCUUGAGUCAAAGUUUUGCACCUGGUGCUGAAACUCUGGACUCGAGUCAGUACAUGUCAGAACUCCAGUUUUAGGUUGUAUGUUACUGCUGAUUCUGUUAAAAAACAUCAGUUUAAUCUAUAAUGAUUUAAUGUUCCCCAGUAGAAUAUCUAAUUAAAGUGAAUCGUUCAGUAAGUAGUGUGGAGGAGAAGGUCCACUCUUCUAAACCCUCAUUAACUUCAUGUAUGAAGUCACAUAAACCUGAUACACUCACAUAAAAAAGGCCUCACUAUUCUGAAGUUCAGUUCCCAAGUUUAUGCAAUACUAGUUUCCAUUACUGUCUUUUAUUGUACCACAGUUCAACAGUGCACUUGGGGUUUUCCCUGCAGUUGUGGAACCUUCUCAGGGUAAGAUUAGAGGUUACUGUUGGAGCCAAAUGCUAACAUGGACUCGCUGUGAGGAACAGCAGUAUGACUGAGGGGCUCACUGAAGUGGAUUUUACCUCUUGUGGUUGAAACCAGAUCCUGAAAUUAAAUCAAACUGCUGUGGUUACUGCUGAAAUUCAGGUUCAUAAAUUUAGGAGGUGGUGACUGAAUGUUUUUUUAUCUCUGGGUCCUUCAGGGACUUUAUCCCGAGUCUCAUGGGAUUGUGGACAACAAGAUGUACGACGUGACGCUGAACACUUUCUUCACCCUGAAAUCCGACGAGAAAUUCAAUCCAAAAUGGUACCAAGGAGAGCCAGUAAGUGAAUCUGUGCAGUCUGCAGUUGUUCUUUGUUCACUGCUGAGGAAUGCUUUUCUUAGAUUACCUUCACUCCGAGAGUGUCAGAUGGAAAGUAUUGUCCUACACCCCUUUGUUUUGGGGAAACCUGGCAUGGCUCUGGAGACAGCACUUGUUUCUGUAAUAAGAAAUAUGAGGCAUUUUGACGUGCGCUGUAAUUUUCUGUCUGUGAACAGCACAAGACACUUGUUUUUUGACACUUAGAGUUUCAUUGCUGGGAAUCAGAUCUCUCCAUGAUGAGCCUCUGAACAUAAUUAUGGAUUCAGCUCGAGCCAAAGACAGUCUGUGACAGCCUGAGCAGUGCUUGUGAAGACAUUCUGUGGUUCCUUUUAAUGGUGUGCCUCUUAACUUUCAUUUCUUCACUGAGUGACAGACUGCUCAUGUCGAAAACACGUUCAUAAUCUAAAUAACCUUGCAGGAGGGAAAGGAGGGAAGGAGGAAUGAUGUUUCCUGGAACACAUUCUUCUGUAAUAAACCACUUUGACCGAGAGUAUCUGCCAAACAGCUCCGAGCCUCCCGCAGAGAAAUCACCUCUAUCUGUAAAUUUGUCAAAUAAGAAUUGAUUUAACAUAAACACGUGCAGUCAGACAUGAAUCCAUCUGGACUCGGCUGUGAGGGAUGAGGCUUUUAUUCUAAUGGACUGAACACACCUGAUGUGAUAAUAACUAUCAGCAGUCCAGAGCAGAGUCAUCUGUCUGAAUUAAGGGUGAAUUUAGAUGAAACUUUAGCCUCCCUCUUUGACAUCUUUCUUUUCUGCUUCUCUUCAUUUAUUCUUUCUCUACUUUGACCCCCAUCUUAACUCUCCCUCUCUUCUUUUGUUCCUCCUGUUUUUGUGCUCUGACCUCUUUUCCUUCAAUUCUUCUGACAUGUUUAAUACUUCUUUUCUCUUACAUCCUUUGCUUCCCGUGUUCUUCCUGUUACCCUUUCUUUUCUUUUCUUUCUGCUCUUGUUCUUGCCUCUCUCCCUUAUCCUCUCACCUCUUCUCCUGUCCACUGUUCUUCUCCUCCAUUUUCCCCUUUUAUCCUCUGCCUCUCUCUUCUCCUCUCCUUCUCUCCUCUCCUCUCCUCAGGUCUGGCUCACUGCCAUGCGUCAUAAAAUGAAAACAGGAACAUUUUUCUGGCCCGGAUCAGAUGUUCCUAUCAACGGCACUUAUCCUAACUUGUACAACAUGUAUGACAAGUAAGAGUGACAGCAUUACCUAUCAUACUUCUUUAUUAUUACCAACACAAACACUGCGAUGGUGCAUUAAUGUGUUUGUUUUUGACGUCUCGGGUCACAGGACCAUCACGUUUGAGAAGAGAGUGUCUGUGCUGUUACAGUGGCUCGACUUACCUGAAGGAGAAAGGUACGAAAUGUUCUUUAUCAUCACAAUAACCAGCGAAACAUGAACAUCACACUGAACACUUCCUCUCUGAUCAUGUUUAGACCAGACUUCUUGACUUUGUACUUGGAAGAACCUGACGCAGCAGGACAUAAAUAUGGACCAGGAAGCAGCCAGGUCAGUCAUCCACUAAACGUGAAACCGUUGAAGAAACUUAAACCUGGUUGUUCAUUUUCUAUAAUAACAACAGACCAGAUACGGAAGGUAAAAGUCAGGAGGAAGUUGUUUCUUGACCCUUAGAAACACUUUGAGAGCAGAAUCCAUCUAAAUAAUGAUCAAACUAGCUUCUUAUUUUUAGCGCUGUGAGGGAUGUUUGUGAGAUUUUGCGUCCUCUUUCCCAGAAUCUGAAGUCAUGUUCAAUAUUUGCAUUCAGAUAUCCUGUUAAACUGGUGGUGGUGGUCCAUCACAUGGAAGUUGAGACCCACCUGACAGUCUUGUAGAUAUUUAUGCUUUAGACAAACAAGUCCACCACCAAAUAAAGGAAGAGCAGGAACUCAAACCGUAAACUGCGAGGCCAAGCACACUCUCUCUGGAUUGUUGUCAGUUUUUCCUGCUGGUCAGCCGCCAUGUUUGUUUACCGUAAAGGUCGUGUUUGGCUGCAGGAGAUUUUGUGAGACUCUUGGUGUUGAAGUUUGGACUCUGUAUCAAUGCUCAUAAUUUGUCGUCAUGUUUUGGGUCUCACAUUUAAAGGCAAGCAGCGGCACUGUAAAUGGUUCUGGGGUUGGUUUCGGUGUAACUGUACUUUUCUACAGCGGUUAUGAAUCUGUCUGCCUUAAAAAUCUAGUUAAUGGUUACUAACAAAAGCACAAAAGCUUUUGACCUUUUUCCCACAUGAGUCAUAUUCUUAGGCAGUUCAAGAUGAAAGAUUUUUCAUUAGUCAGUUAGUUAUUAUCUUUAUUUAUUAGUUUUUUAUCAAUGAAUUAUUCCAGAGAAGCCUUUUGUAUUAUAAAAACAGUCCACAGAUGAUUCAGGCAUCAUAGCAGUAAAUGAGUCAUCAGCCUUACAGAGUUUUUCUUCGCUGUUUCAGAUGAAUAUUGUAACUGCUGAAGCAUGUUUUCCGGGUCAUUACUCCUGUAACAAAGUGUCCCAUUAACUCUGUGGAAGCCUUAAUUCUCUUGUGUUUUCAGGUGGUUGAGGCUUUGGAGACUGUGGACAAGAUGUUGGGUCUGCUGAUGGACGGCCUGAUUCAAAAAAACCUGCAGCACUGCGUUAACUUAAUAAUAAUUUCUGAUCACGGUGAGACAACUUAGCAGACUAGACACACCUCUGUGACACUGUUUACAGGAUGAUAAACUGUACCCUGUAGUUCUACAGUAUGCAGAUAUAUAACCUUGUUUUAGAGCCUGUGUAUUACUGAGAGAAGACUAAAUCUACAACUUCAUGUCAGAAGAAUGAGAUGGAAAAGGAUUGUUAUCCGUGAGCACACAGGGAAAAACAUCUUCAGUGGUGUGUUAGGAGGAUAUUUUCUGAUCAGUAGCUCCUGUGGGCAUCUGGGGACCAUGUGUGCAGCAUGUAAUUACAUAUUUAAGAUAGAUGUAUGGGGUAAUUAUGGUUCAGGGCGAUGCCCAGUUAUCCUCUUCAAAGAACUCAUCACCAAUAUUUUUGACAUUCUGUGCUUCUUAUUAGCCUGAAGGUCUUUUAUCAAGGACAAAAAAGAAAAGGUUCGUCUGCAUUGAUGUGUCACAGUUAAAAAACUGUGUCUAAAUAUAAUUACUAUUAAAGUAUACAAUAUCUUAAUAAAUAUGAAGGGGUAGAUGUAUGUUUGAGAGGAGAUAAGUAAGCAUGAGUGUAUUCAGGCACUUUUCUGACAAGACAGAAAAAGGAAAAAACACAUAGAUAAGGAUUUUUCUGUAAUUUUGGUUUCACUGCAACCAUACCAGGUAAGUCUUCAAACACAAAUCUCAGCUGUUUUAUGAAAAAAGGAUUAAUGUGGUUUUUUUUUUUCAUUUUUUCACAGGCAUGGAGGAGGCGUCAUGUGACAAGGCAGCUUUUGUAUCAAACUACCUCAACAAGACUGAUGACUUUUCCGUCAUCCAAGGCCCUGCUGCUCGAAUUAGACCCGCCGUCCUUCCAGAUAACUACUUUUCCUGUAAGUUUCCAUUGAUAACAUACAACCCAGCUUCACAGCAUUGCUCAGUGUCACUUUGUUUACAGCCAGCAUAGCUGACCUUGUCCUUUUUUUCCCUCCUCAGUCGACUAUGAGAGUUUGGUGAAGAACCUGUCGGUAUGCGAAGUAUUCCAAAAGUGACUUUUGUAUUCAUAAGGAGAAUAAAAAAUUAUCUGCUUGCUUGGCUACAAGUCAAACAACCUUUUCUCAUCCCGCUGCUGCUGCAUGCUGAUUCCUCUCCUCUGUGUCUGUUCUGAAGUGCAGGACCUCAGACCAGCCAAUGAGGCCGUACCUCAAAGAAAACCUCCCAAAGAGGUUUCACUUCGCUCACAAUCGACGUAUCGAGAGAGGACACCUCUACAUGAAGGAAGGGUGGCAGGCUGCGCUGUAAGUUACCAACAGGUCCAAAAUCUUGAAGUUUUCACUGUGCUCAGUCAUGAAACCGUGUGGACCAACUGGACUGUGGGUCAGUCAUGUGGACCUUUACGAUAACAGCAGCACACAGAACUGGGCAUCAAGUUGUAAAUGUUGUCACACAGCACUCCUGAUUUCCACAGCAGUGACCAAACAAGUCUUUAAUUAAGAUUAAGAUUAAGAUUAAGAUGUUUAAUGACAAGUGUUUGAAGGCAAAGAAAAAUAAUGUGGAUUGGUAAGAAAUGUUGAAUGAGUUAAAGGAAAGUGAGGUUGAAUGAAGUAACAUCAUUAAAGGUAAAAGGAAAAAAAAGUUCAAUGUAAAGUCUUGGGAGAGAGAGAAUGACGGACACCAGAUCAACCUUAAAAAGCCGUCUGAGUUACAGUUGGUGUUACAAAUGUGGACGAUCAUUGUCUGAUAAGUUUUUCGGGCCACACAGGAGUCGAGACAUUUACAUUAAUUAGUGUCAGUAACCUUUCAUAAUGACUGAAGCAUAAUAAGUCAGAGAGGAGUUGUCCAACUUCUUUGAUGCGUAGAAACCAUGUAAUCAUAGAAAAUUGUUUCAGGCUGCGGAGCUCAGUUGCCUUGGACGAGGUUGUUGUGUGACACAACUAACUUUAGUUUACUCUGAGUGAAAAGUUCUUGUUCCUGAAAUUAAGAUUGUUUUUGAUCAAUGUUAUCUUCAAAAUAGGACAAAUAAGUCAUUUUCACUUGUUGUUUCUCUGUCUUUGUGUUUAUUUUUUUAACCUCUUAGAUAAAUUGCGUGUUUUUAUUGUUUGUUUUUAUCUCUAAAGAACCAGGAAAGAACUCAAGUACUGCACCGGUGGAUUCCACGGCUCAGAUAACCUCUUCACCAACAUGCAGGUCAGAGGGAGGAAAGAUGUGUUUGUUUUGUCGGACACGAUAAAUCUUUAUCACGAUAUCCUAUCAGGGUGAAACAACAGGAUGUGUGAUAACUCUGAGUUGUUAAGGAAAACAUUUACAGUCUGACGUCGCUCAUUUGUUUGGGGGCUGAUUUCCUCUAUUGUUAGCUGAGUCAUAGAUUCUUCUGUGGAUGAAAUUCAGUCCCUGAAUAAUUUUAGGAUCCUUAACCAGUUACAUUAUUGUGAAAUCAGGUUUAAUUUUCUAUCUGCUCUACCAAACUGAAGCAGUUGUUUUCCAAGUUUUAAGCAGUCAGGCAUUUUGAUGGGACACUUGACCACAGUUAAAUCUGACACUAACCAAAGAGGAACCCGUUCACCUCGCUGAGAAAAAAUCCAGAGAUAGGUCAGAGGGGAAAACAUCUUCAAACUUAUCAGACCUCAUCUUUAAGGGCUCAUAAGUUUGUUACUUUUAUCUGCAUGUGAACAGAAGCUGCUCACUUUAAAAUGAUAGAUUUUUAUCUGAGAGGGUUGAAUAAACUGAUUACUUUGGGAUUGAAAGUCAAAGACAAAAUGUUUGCAAGCUAUCAAGACUAGUUAAGCACAAUUUGCAGAACAGAUGUUGAAUUAGAGGCCAGCUUUUUCAUAUUGAACCAGUAUUUUCAGGGAUUUUUUAAAAAACCUAUAAUUUAAAGUGAGGGUUAGCAAAAUGAACUUCUGUCUCUUCAUCUUCUGUUCCCUCAUAACUCUCAGCAAAAUCCUCACUGCAAACUGUCUGUUCUUCCUAGUCUUUGUUUGUCCUCAAAACAAGACACAAUUCAAGAUGGGAUUUUUGGCUGAAAUGUAGCUUUCAGGCAUUUUAAUCAAUAACAACUCUUCUCUGUGAGCUUUGAGGUUUAGUAUUUUUACUCAGAGUUAAGCAGUUAGUCCAAAGCAGCUUCUCUGUACACUGGCUGCUUAAAGAAAUAAAAGCAAGAUCCUAAAAGUGUAUCAUUAAAAGUUGAAUAUAUUUGUUAAAAACUCUAGACUGCCUCAGAAACAGAUUUUCUCUGAAAGCACAGUCAAGAAAACUUUUUAUUUGUUACUUAGUUUAGGAUUAUAAACAAAACAAGCAUAAAAACACACUGUGGAUCUCUACACUCCUCACUGGUCCAGUAAUUAGGCUUGUGAGAUGAUGCUCUCCACCCACACAUCUUCUGUUCCAGUUGGAGUUUGUUUAUGUCUGCCACCCUCAUGUUUGCCAUCAUAAUACAUGUCUGUGUAAGUCUCUGGACGUGGGUUACACUGGAAUUUAACUCGGUAUAAUUAGCUCGCUGAGUUUCUGACUUCUCUGGGAGUUAAGAAAAACUGACUGUUCUACAAAUGGAUUCAGCCUGAAAAUGCUCGGCAAAGAAAUAGAGCAAAGUGCUUGAAAUAGACUCACCCUCAAAUACCGACCAGUUUUAUCCAACCCUUUCCUGUCCUUGUAGUCCUGAACUGACAUUUCCAAGAUUAUGUGAAGUAGUAUUACGGCCUCCAUUCCAUUUAAAUAUUUAUACGUGGUAUUUAGAGUUAGAGUUUUGUUUGCAGAGGGUGUUUGAAUAAACAUCUUCAUUUAAAACUGUCAGAGCUCUGUAAGGAUAACUCACUGUACUCUCUUAUUCAUACCGAGGAGUGUCCACAGAUAAUUAAUGAUUGUGUAUUUAUGUCUUUUUAUUUUUCUCCAGGCGAUUUUCAUCGGCUACGGUCCAGGGUUUAAAGAGAAAACUGUUGUGCCUCCCUUUGAGAACAUUGAAGUGUAUAACCUCAUGUGUGGUAAGCUACUUCAUGAGUGCACUCUGUACUUUCACCUCUUACUCUUUAUAUUGAAGUGUUAAGGGAAUUGUUUGACAGGUAAACAGUUAAGGAGAGGAAACAGGUGUGCUAGGUUGAUCUAAGGUUCCACUUGGUGACAGAAAAGAACAGGAGGAAGUGAAUGCAGCAACACCGACCAGAUUUCAGAGAGAGAAGAUAAAGAAAAACACUUCCACUUCCACUUUGACCAAACAUACUGUGGUUUAGUAAUUUAAGAGGCAGAAGUGUUGAAGUUUUGAAAUAAGUUUCCUUUAAAUAUACCAUCAGCUAAAAUGUUGUUUGUAUUGUGUAAAUCUAAUUUUCAUUACCUCACCUUCCUCCCCAGACCUCCUCGGUAUUCGUCCUGCUCCUAACAAUGGGACUCAUGGCAGUCUGAACCACCUUCUGAAACAUCCCGUCCACCAGCCGGUUCACCCUGCGCAGCUCUCCCACGACACCCCAUGUGAGGCCAGUGACCCUGUCCCAGCUAAUGAUCUGCAGUGUAACUGCACAACGCAAACCAGGGCGAUGGUAUGUGCCUACGAGUCACUAAAGCGAUGAGUUACUCUGAGCCCUGCUAAUCUGGAUGUAUGUAGCUGUUGGCUUUUAGCAUUUUAAGCAUUCUUUACCUUUGUUGCACACUUAACCAGAUUUAAAGCAGAUGGAUUAUUAUUUUAGAAGUCAGUUCUGAUUGGUUAAAAAAGUACGUAGAGUCACAAGACUGCCCUAAAAGUGAUAUUUGAUGUAUUUAACACAUGCAUGCUAACAAUAUGGAUUUCUUUUUAGGAAGCGGAUAUGAACAGGCAUCUAAUGACAAUUGAUUCCAGUAGGUAUUUUAUAUUUUUCUACACAUUUACAGUUGAAUUAUAUGAAGGUUUUAUUAACAAAGUUUCUACAUUUUACUUUUCAGGUCUUAAAGCCAGCUUGCGCCGCCUUCACCAUCCCUUCGGCGUGCCACGAGUUGUGCAAUCAGACGCCUCUUUCUGUCUUCUCCACCACUCGGACUACCUCAACGGUUACAGCAAAGAUCGCCUCAUGCCUCUCUGGGUGUCGUACACCGUCCAGCCUCUGGUUAGUCUGCUGUUUGGAGCCGCCUUUUAUUCCUAAACAUAGCCUGAUCGGUCGAGUUACCCCAGCUAUAUUUCUUCUGAGGUCUGGGUUUGGCAGGAGACCAUAAGAGGCUGUUAAGUAUCCGAAUCUCUGAGCAGCUGUUACUCAUCUCCUGUGUUCGUGUUGGCUCAAACACUUCUUGUCUUUCUUAUUAUGCGGUCAAGCUUCAGUGUAAAUCAUGACCUCAGUCAGAGUGAAACAUUCCUGGGGGAGUUUACACCAUUCUGUCUGAAUGAUGGAGCAAGUGAAGAUGUAGAUUUGUUUUCAUUCAAGCUUUAUCCAAAUACAGUGCUGGCUAAAUACGGGUUACAUCGCAGUCUUUGUGUUCAUUUUGGCUCCAGAGAAUCCUCUUCUGAAUUGGAUUAUUUAAUCUGUUUCAUUGAGUUGGAUCAAGUGUGUUCAACCCAAUUAAACAUCCAAAGAAAGCUUGGGAAGACUCAAAACUUCUCAGAGUAACAGAAAGCUAGAUUCACGGUGUUUUCCCUGUUCGUGACUGAAGAGUGAAAACAUUUCUAUAACUCUCCAUCAAAGGGUAAUCCUAAACCGAGGCCUAAUUUACACAUACCGUGAGUCUUCAAAAAAGACAGAAUAAGAAUAAUAAUAAUAACUUUAUUAAUCCCCGAAGGGAAAUUCAAUUGUCUAUUGUCUCACAUAAUGUGUCUAUAAAAGUUUUCUAUUUACAUAAGAGUUAUAAAGCCUGAUGUCUGUUGGUACAAAAGAUCUUCUGAAUCUUUCUGUCCUGCAGCGAAGAGAGAGGAGCCGUCCACCACCAUUGGUCCUUUGGUCCAUCAAGGUGUUGUAAAGUGGGUGUUAACAGGUGCUUAAUUUGCAACCAGGUCCCUUAUGAUGACCUGGAGUGAAUAAAGCACAGGCUUCCAGUUAUCGUCUGGAACUCUUUUGUAUUUAUAAUGUGAAACAUAGAAAUAUAGAGGGUGGGGCAUUUAAACCUCUGUAAGAAUGUCUUUUUAGCUUUAGUGGAUCAGGCUCAGGUGACUUUAAAAUAAAGCCCUGCCUCUAAGUAGAAUGUCUGCGCUCACCAUGCUAGGUUGCUAUCUGCCCCUGUUUGACUAAUUACUAUUGGACCGUCUCCCAGCUGACCUAUUAUGUCACAUACUGGAACAAUUCAAGAACAUGACAGCAAGGUGCUGACUGAUUAUUUGGAAAGGUCCUUAUUUGGAGCCAGGAUCUGCACAGUAGGGAGUGAGUCUUUGAGCUGCAGUGUGGAGCAGGGCGAAGUCUGGAGCGGAUGAGCUGUUGGAGCUCGGUUAUCCUCUUGGCUUGUUGCUCUCUUUAUGUAAUGACAGCAAUUAGUUGAACGAAUUUGGCUCAAUUAAGAAGUUUGACAAUGACAGCUGCCUUCAUAAUCAGAUUUUAUUUGAGCUGUCUUUGCAUGAUCGUGAGCCUGAACUUGACCAUUUUUCAUGUGAAUAUUUAUCUACCUGUUUGACAGGGUUGAGGAGCCUGUUCAUAGGGAGCUUCACAAAUCAAACAGUGCAGUAUCCUUGCUGACCCCUGUGCAAAGACCAGUCAAAACCAAGCCAAAUGAUCUUACACAAUCCUGGCCUGUGCUGCAUUUCAGUCCCCGCUCUCUGUCCACCACUCACUGGUCCUCUCUCACAGACCAGAGUCCAACCCCUGAGCCCGGAGGAGUGUGUCCGUGCUGACAUUCGCAUCCCACCAGCCUCCAGCCAGCUGUGCCUGCGCUACAGAGACGACCCUCAUCUGUCCUACGGCCUGCUGCACCCCCCUAGUAAGUGUGCGAGUGUGUGUUGGUGAGUAUGUGUAUAUAUGUGGUUGGAAGGGUCACAGGAGUCUGUCCCCAGCCGGGUGUUGAAUUCAAGUUGACGUGUUCCAAAGCCACAUUCUCAUGUAGGAAUGCAACAGGAAAGAGUGACCCAUCCCCCUCUGCAGCAGAGACACUCAGAUUCACUGUAUUCAGGCUGCAGGUAGCUCCACAAAAGGGGGUGACAGACUUAACGUGUGAGGAGAAAGGAGCCCAGCAGCUGUGACAAAGUUGGACUCACAAAAAUGUUUUUUAUUUAAACUCCUGGCUCUAACGAAGGGUGAGAAAGGGUCGUGAUUUGUGGAGUUUAAUACAGUUGGUCAUUCAAAACUUGACAACUGGUCCAUUAUAAGAGUCGCUUUCAAUGAAAAAGGCCAAAUACUUGCUUGGAUCAGCUUCAUAGAUUGUGAAGUCCUGCAGUAUUGUUUUGUUUUACAUCAUAUAACAUGUCAGUCCUUGUGACUUUAAAUCUGACAAAUCUGUUUGAAAACAACAGCUAGGACUCGAGUAGGUUAUUUUUGAGUUGUUCAUAAAUCUUCCCUCUUGUUCCACUGGACUGUAGAGUUUGAUUUCACUCUGUCAUUCUUGAUCCCUUAGCUCAGACGUUCACAACAUGCACUUUCUUGUGUACAUCCACACCCAAAUUGCAAACUCUUUCAGUUUUUCCCUCAAAUUUUGUUUCCUCUCUAAAGAUCUGAGCGCCGAUGGACCUGACGCAGACUCCCGAAUCACAAGUAACAUGGCACCAAUGUUUCCCGCAUUUAAAGGUGAACCAGACUUUGAACAUUCAUUUAGUCAUUUCUCACUCGCUGUUGCCAAAUUCCUAAAAGGGUUGUCAAGGUAUGAAUGGGUUCCUGAACAGGUAGGAGGGUUAAUUUUCUGACUGAAUCAGAGCUUUGAAGAGGAUGAGAGCUCAAUAAUUUACUGUUCUCUGGAUCACAACGAGACAUUAUGUCACACUCUGUCUGAAGUUUACAGAGAAUUUCUUCUUAUGAGACAUUUUUACCCAAUAUUAUACUUUUCUAUGCUUAUUUUCUGAAAAGAAAGCUGUAUUUUGGGAUCCUAAGUGUACAAAAUCAAAGUCUAGGGAUCUGACGGCUGUGAUUAUACGCGUCCACUGUGCUUUAAUCUAGAAAAGCAGAAUUGAAGGUUUAGUGAAAUAGAUCUUUUCCAGGGCCGGUCCUCCUGGUGUAUCCGGCUGUUGCAUCAGUUUUAUUCACAUUAGGACUGACUUUAAGUAAGUUAUAGUGAUUGUCAGCUUUGCUCCCAGUUACUGAUUCUGUGGAGGAUUAAGUUUGCACCAGUUAACACGAUUACACAGGAUUAUAAAACUGCAUGUGUCAUAUUUGAAAGUAUGCAGGUAUUUGUCAGUGUGUGUUGACUUAGUGCUGUGGUCUGCCCGAUAGAGGCUGUUGUGUUGAAACUUGUGGACUUUGGUGAUAAAUGUGAUGAAAAUUGGAGUGUUGUGGACGUAGCUCUGCCUGUGGUUGUCCACUGGGGCCACCCACACUCGACAUGGAAACUCUCACUCACAGCUAUGAGGUCCCAUUGGAGGAAAAAUGUAACCUUAUAUCCACUUCAGUUUGUCUGUGUGUUGGAAGGUGUUUCAUCAGUGGUUGUUAGAUGCUGCCACCUGCUGGAUGUCACUGUUUUAACACUGUUGUUAUUUUGUUUGUUAUAUCAUUCACAAUUCAACACAUCAAACAAAAAACAAAAUUUGAAGGAUUUUAAUUAAAAAAAUGUGAUUCACCCACAUGAGUCAGAUCAACCACAGCCCACCAACUCUCAGCCUUCAUGUAAUUUAAAAAAUGUUGUAUAUUAUAUAUAUUUUUUCAGGCUGUAAACGUGUAAAAUCCCUCAUGAAGUGUAACAAGAGUUUUAAAGGGGUCUCCACGGGUUUAGAGCUAGUCCAAGUGGACAUCGGAGGAACUGCAGUUUUUCUGCACUUCCACAUUGAGUAUAACACUGGGGCUUGACAUUAACUUUUUUUCACUCUGAGCACAUGUUCUCCUAAGUUGAAAAAGUAAGGAGCACACAAAGAAACUAGGUGCACGAUGAUAAUAAUGUUUGUCUUAUUGGUUGACAUAAGUACUAUUAUUUGAAAUCAAUUUUGAGGUCUUUUGGUCACGUGACAUGGAAGCUAUUGAAGGAAAACAGCCUUUUUUGACAACAUCAACUGGUAAUUUAUUGAUGGUCCCUUAUUCAACACCCGGUAUUGGAGAGUGAGAAGAAGCCGGUAGAUCCUCAGUGAAUGUCCGUCAAAUAUCCAACCUGAAACUAACUUCACCGCCGUAUUUACAGGAAAAAACAUUUGUUGCCUCGGCUGAUUUUUUUUAUGACCCUAAUUACAUUUUACAAUUCACACACACCAAUUUUUAGUUGCAAAUGUGAGUAAAGUGGUCGAACUGUCAAGCCCUGAACACCCAAGAUUACAGCCUGAUUAACUCAUAUUCAUCAUCAACGACGUACACAACCAUCUUUAGACUUAAAAUAACCCUUUAUCUGCAUUUAAAACUGAUAUAUUAGCAAAACAAGUGUGAAGGGUGCAGCUCACUUUCUACAUGACAGAAAAGGUCUGAAGACAUUGUCUAAUCCAGCAAAUAUCAGUUUUUUUAAUCCUCCCAGUUUAAACUUGUUCUGAUGUAAUCUCUGCUGUCACCAUCUGCGGCGUAUUAACCCAGAACUCAAAUAUUUUGUGUUUCCUCCUCCUGACCACAGAUGUUUGGGACCAUUUCCACACUGUCCUACUUCCAAGAUACUCACAGCAGUUGAAUGGGGUCAAUAUCAUGAGUGGGCCAAUAUUUGAUGGAGACUACGAUGGAAACGUUGAUGCACUCAAAGCAAUCUCAGGGUGAGUCAAAGGCGCACACUCCUCCCAGCAGGUUAUUACAUCAUCAGCUAAACUUUCUCUUAUUUUCUUUUUCUCACAACUGAAAAAAACAGAAAAGGAAGAAAAUUCUCAUUUCUUUCAAGAGCUAAAAGUAGGAUGUCAAUAAACCUAAAGUCCAAAACAUAAAGGUAUUAAAAUAACACUUAUGUGAUGGAAAAAAACACCAAAUUAUGAAAUUACUGAACGAAACAGUGGAAAACUAACUUCCUAUCUGUAAUAAAGCUGUUGGUGAUGUUGAAACUUUAUUUUUGGUCACAUGCUCAGCCUUUUCAAAUACAAAAAUAAAGACUGAAAAUGCUUAAAACUCACUUGCUGUUUCAUUUUAUCCAUUAGAAGGGAAAAUUCAGAUUGUAUAAAAUCAAAAACACAAGUUUGUCCUCUUAAUCAGGAUAUAUUUUUGUUAAGAUGUGGUAAAGCUUCAUGAUGAAAAACAGAGGGUGUGUGUGUCACCGUACUCUCAUAGCCAAAGGUUGUUUUUGCUCUUUGAACUGACAGGAUUAAAUUAGUUUAAGGGUUGGUUCGGUUUUAGAUGGAUAUUUUAGAUCACACUGCAGUUUUUUAAAUCUGUGAUCUUGUGUUUCUCCAGGAACGAGGCUCCUGUGCCGACACAUUUCUUCGUGAUCCUGACCAGCUGUGAGAACUCGACCUUCGGCCCUGUUAACUGUGAGGGUCCGCUGCAGGCCAAGUCUUUCAUCCUGCCUCACAGAGCUGACCACGCAGAGAGCUGUGGUGUGAGUGACACAACCUUUACUCAUUCUACACGUCAGCCUGCCUCUGUGGAAACCUGCUGACUGAUGACACAUCGGAAACAAAAUUCACACCUGUCAAUUUUAAGUGCUAAUUUUACCUUUUUUUCCAACCUAAAUUUUCGUCUGUUUUCCCAGAGUGCAACGGACUUGUCGUGGGUGGAGGACUGGCUGCACUUCCACGCUGCUCGAGUCCGAGACAUCGAGCUCCUGACUGGACUGAGCUUCUACCAUGACAGAAUAUCAGUGGAAGAGACGCUACAGCUCAAGACUUUGUUACAGGCGGCGUGA